CAUCGGCGGUAUCUUGGUAGCGGUAGCAUAAGUAUUUUUAUUAGUGAUUGAAGUCAAGCAUCGGCGGUGUUCCAGUAGAGUGAUAAAGCCCUGUGCGCUUUCCCCUUUCUAGAGCCUUCUAUUUUUAUCUAUUUGCGAGAUUGUUCCUGUCCUAUCCUGUCCUGCUCUGCUCUGUUCUGAGAAGCGAACCAUGGCAUCGUCGGAUCUGGAGACCAGGGCUAAAGAAGCCUUCAUCGACGACCACUUCGAGCUGGCCGUUGACCUCUAUUCUCAAGCCAUCUCCGUUAGCCCUACGAACGCUGAGCUCUUUGCUGAUCGCGCUCAAGCCAACAUCAAACUCAACAACUUCACCGAAGCUGUUGCUGAUGCGAACAAGGCCAUUGAAUUGGAUCCUUCCAUGCCCAAAGCAUAUUUCCGGAAAGGUCUCGCCUGCAUCAAGCUUGAGGAAUACCAGACUGCCAAGACAGCUUUGGAAGUGGGUGCUUCUUUAGCACCUGGUGACUCAAGAUUCAAUAAUUUGAUUAAAGAAUGUGACCAGCGCAUUGCAGAGGAAAAUGGAGUGUUGCCAAACAAAUCGCCGGAGGCCCCAAUAGUUGUUGAUACAACUGCUGCAAUUCCGAAGGUUGCUGAGCCAGCCAUCAGUAUAUCCAACCAGACUACUAGUUUGUCAUCUGCCAAGUCAAAAUACAGGCAUGAAUAUUAUCAAAAACCAGAGCAAGUUGUUGUAACUAUAUUUGCAAAGGGUAUACCAGCAAAAAAUGUUACAGUGGACUUUGGUGAACAAAUACUUAGUGUUACUAUUGAUGUGCCUGGUGAAGAUACAUAUACUUUUCAACCACGAUUGUUUGGAAAGAUCAUUCCUGCAAAUUGCAGAUAUGAAGUUCUGUCCACAAAAAUUGAAAUCUGCCUUGCAAAAGCUGAAGCUAUACACUGGGCGUCUCUCGAGUAUAGCAGGGAUAAUGUGGCUUUGCAGAGGAUAAAUGUUUCAUCAGGUAGUCAAAGACCCACUUACCCAUCCUCGAGAGCAACAAAAGAUUGGGAUAAGCUUGAGGCUCAAAUGAAAAAGGAGGAAAAAGAUGAAAAACUAGAUGGUGAUGCAGCUCUUAACAAAUUUUUCAGAGACAUAUACAAAGAUGCUGAUGAGGACACUAGAAGAGCCAUGAUGAAAUCUUUUGUUGAGUCAAAUGGGACAGUUUUAUCAACGAACUGGAAAGAAGUUGGUGCAAAGAAGGUUGAAGGAAGCCCUCCAGAUGGCAUGGAGAUGAAAAAAUGGGAAUAUUGAUUUUCUUGGUGUUUUGUGACAUAUUUCUGUCUUUUCCUAGUUCAAAUGCUUUGGUGUUCAGGACUUCUAAUUUUGGUCCAGUCUGAAUGAGUGUUUUUAUUUCUCGUCUUCUGUUCCCCGCUGUGAUGACUCUGACUUUAACUUGCAAAUAUAAAUUGAGCGAUGGUGUUUGUGAAAAUUUUGUUCUUUUU